AUGUACUCGGCUCCUUCAAUGAAGGGAUAUGAUAGAGGGCUUCAUGUGGGAUACGCCGAGGGAUAUCGUGAUGGCUACGAUGAGACAUACAAUCAAGGGUUCGAUGACCCUAACGAUGGACCUGAAGAGGGUGGAGAGUACGAAGAAGAAGUAGCGGAUGACGAUGAUGUUGAAUACUGGGGGGCAUCUAGUGGGGCAUAUGGCGGAGGAUAUGCUGUGGACAACAAUUUGGAAGAUGAUGAAUAUGAUGAAGAAGAUCGAGAGGCAUACGAUAAGGGAUAUGAUGAGGGGUUUGAAGACGGAUACCAAGAGGGGUAUUAUGCGGCGUUGGCGCGGUGGAAUAAUUACCUCGGGUAA